AUGGGACGAAAUGAAGAGAGGAAUGUCUUGGACCAGCUGUUGGGCACUCCUGAGGACGACGACUUGGAUGUAGAGUUGGGUCGCUCUGAGAAAAAGAAUGUCUUGGACCAGCUGUUGGGCACUCCUGAGGACGACGACUUGGAUGUAGAGUUGGGUCGCUCUGAGAAAAAGUCCAGAAGCAAACGAACGUCAAGUGUUGUUAAAGCCGUCAAUUCAAAAGAAUGUCCAAAACUAAACUCGUCGGUCACUCUUAAACAAGAGAAUAAAGUGGUUUCAAAUUCUAAGAACGAUUUUCACACCAAAUAUCAAAAUGAAGACAUCAGAAGGGAUUCCUUAUCAGAAGCCCCGAAGAAGUCAAUGAAAUCAGUUGCCAACGAAUUGGUCAAAGAGACUAAAAGUCCCAAAAAAAUAUCUCCAAACAAAGGGGUGCCUAAGUCUGGCGGUGAGCCGAUGGUUGAAUUUGCCGCUAAAAGCAAUUCUAACAAUUCUGGUGAUGAGUACAGCUCUUCGCACGACUCUUCGUGUUCGUGUGAAGAUCACAGCAGUAUUGUCUCAAAUGGCAACCAAUCCUCGCACUCAUCCUCUCGUUCAAUGAGUCCCAAAAACAAGUCGAGUGGACACCGAAGAACUCGAUCUGUAAGUCCUUCUAAUAGAGAGCCAAAGAAGAGAUUGCGUUGUGAACCGGACGAGAGACGCAAAUCAAAACGACGGCGCCGUUCGAGUCAUAGUCAGAGCGUUAGUAGACGUGAUCCGAACUCUCUGUUGCGAUAUUUCUUCAAAGACAGCUGUUUUUUCGUUAUGAAAAGCAAUAAUCACGAGAACGUUGUCUUAUCCAAAGCCAAAGGCGUCUGGUCUACACCUCCUCAGAAUGAGACCAAACUGAACCGGGCUUUCAAGGAGUUCCGUAAUGUUAUCCUUAUAUUCUCUGUCAAAGAAAGCGGCAAAUUUCAAGGCUUUGCAAGACUUGCAUCAGAAUCACGACAUGACUCGCAACCAAUUCAGUGGGUAUUACCUCAUGGUCUGAAUGCUCGAGCACUGGGAGGUGUCUUUUAUCUCGACUGGAUUUGCCGACGAGAACUCUCUUUUACCAAAACUCUUCAUCUCUUUAAUCCAUUCAAUGACGGCAAACCUGUGAAGAUUGCACGGGACGGACAGGAAAUCGAUCCCCGAGUGGGAGAAGAAUUGUGUCGUUUGUUCCCUUCGGACGAAACGGUAGAAUUGAUUCCUAUGUUGAAGCGAAUGAAGAAACAGACCGCUCACAGACCCAGAACUCAUCGAAUUCGCGGACCAUUUAUGGACUUCAAUGAAAGGAAUAAACCAAACAUUAGCUCAAGAAUUGAUUUCCGUAACAGAGAAAGAGCUAAUCCGCCACCAAAUCACUCGUUCCCUUCAUCUCAACUCAAUUUUCAGUCAAUCAAAAAACGAUUGGGACCGCCAUUGCCUCCGACGGGACCACUGCCUCGCAGAGACAUCAGAGAUGGGCGUAACGAACGCAUUAUUCCACGACCGAUGCCGCGCCGGGAGUUUAUGGUCAACGGAAACAUUUCCAACUUUCAUCGAAAUAUGGCGCCUCCUAUGCCACCUUUUACUCAACGCCCAUUCAUUGAGCCCCCAUUCCAACAGAGACUGGAAUUGCCUCCAAAGCCCAGGCCUAUGGAUAAGCGAAUUUACGACCGAAAUGUGGAUGAGUUUAUUCGUCGCACAUACAGACCUCCUCAGAGGGACAGACGUUAUCGAGAGGUUCGCUACUGAUUAGUGGAUAAAUGGCUUAUUUAUAUUAUUACAUGAAAUCAAAGUCUAAUUGCAUUGAAAUGGAAGUGAAUUUAUUUACCGAUAACAUAGAAAACUGUUUCAAUACUGAUGUUUAAUUCGUUUCUCUUUAAUUUGAUUUUUCUCAAUAAUAAUUACACUAUUAAUGGAAACAAUUUAUUUAAUUAAUUGUAAAAUAUUUGAAAUAAAAAUCUAAAUAACAUAUUCAAUCUAAA